AAAUUAAUUUGUACGAAAUGGAAUGUGAAAGCAAGGAAAUACCAUCAGAAGAAGUAACUAAUGGCUCAGAACUCAAGGAAAAUGAAGAAGUCCAAAAUUUAAAAGAAGAAAACAAAGAGGCCGGCGAGGCGUAUGCUUACUUGGACAGAAACGAGUUUACCUCUGAGAUUUAUAAAAUAGAAGUUAAAAACCUGGGCUAUUUUGGCAUUGGUGAAUUCAAGAAAUUACUAAAGAACACCCUCAAACUGGACAUGACCAAAAUCAAGUCCCCAAAUCGUAAAGAAUUCGCUUUCGUUUGCUUCCGUACUUUGGAGGAUCAGCAAAGAGCCUUGGAGACUUUAAAUGGCUAUAAGUGGAAGGGAAAAGUCCUUAAGGCCAUCGCUGCCAAAGCCUCCGCCGAUCCACUCCAGAAAAAGCGGGCCGCCGAAGAUCAGGCCAAUAAUGGAAACCCAAAAAAGCAGCGAACCGCUAUAGAAGCCACUUGUCCACUGGCUGAGCUUCCAUACGAGGAUCAGGUCAGGCACAAAGCCGAGGAAAUGACUAAUCUAUUGAAGAAAUAUACUCAAGAGCUCUGGCGUCAUAAUCCACAGGCUAAAAAAACUGUGGAUAAAAUACAAUUUCACGGAGUUGUUCCCUCACCCACUGUCAAUGGUUAUCGCAACAAGAACGAAUUCACUGUGGGCAAGAAUUCCGAGGGAGAAAUAGUAGUUGGCUUCCGUUUGGGCUGCUACAGCGAUGGAUCCGUGGAAGUGGCCGGGGUGGAGGACUUGCCGCAUCUGCCAGAGCAAGCCAAGUGGGCAGCUCAGAGUUUCCAAAAACUGGUAAGGCAAUCCAAGUUCCUGCCCUUCAACCCCGAUGGAAAUUUGGGACAUUUCCGGCAACUGAUGGUCAGAUGCUCAAGGUCCACAGGGGAACUUAUGCUGGUGGCUGGCAUCUACUCCUCGAAUUUAGAUUUAAGCGAGCAGCGGGAGCUCAAAAAAGAACUCAAAACCUUCUAUGAAAACUGUGAGAAUGAGCCCUUUAAGUGCACUUCUUUGUAUUACCAAGAUGUCAAGCAUCGCGAAGCUGGGCAGAUGGUUAAUCCAGUGGAGCAUAUACUAGGAACCACCCACAUCACCGAUACAAUCCAGGGCCUUAAGUUCCGCAUCAGCCCACUGGCCUUCUUUCAAAUCAACACCGAAAGUGCCAACCUGCUCUAUCAGAAGGCCAUUGACUUGGUGGGUCCCACAAAGGACACUACCCUCUUGGAUAUUUGCUGUGGAACUGGUACCAUCACUCUGUCCUUUGCCAAGCACUGCCGGAAGGUUAUGGGCGUUGAGAUAGUACCAGAUGCCAUUAGAGAUGCCGAGUUCAAUGCCAUGGUGAAUGGCAUCACAAACAGCAAGUUCUACACGGGCAAUUCUGAUGAUUUCAUAAAGAGCAUGGUCAGAGAUGCUCUCUACGAGCAGGAACCGGGAAAGCCAGUUGAUCUCGUGGCUUUGGUGGAUCCUCCAAGAGCUGGGCUACAUAAUCGUUCAAUAACCGCAAUCCGAUCAGCAAGUGCUAUCAAGCGUCUGAUCUACGUCUCCUGCAAUCCGCACAGCGCCAAGCGGAACUUCAUCGAUCUGGCUAGACCGGAAUCGAAACACUACAAAGGAGAGCCCUUCUAUCCCAAAUCUGCCGUGGCAGUGGACAUGUUUCCCCACACCACCCACACUGAGCUGAUCAUUCUGUUUGAGCGUGAAACGAAGACAAAGCCGGAUGACACAGUGGCACCAUCACCAGCAGCGACAACCUCAGAUGAAAGUACAACGAACACACAACCUAAGGCCCCAGAACCUGAGGCAAUCGCAGGAGAGAAUAUUGCAUCUACGGUGUGACGCGGGUUCGUUGCCGGGUAGGCUGCUCGCGAUUUGCUAAGGCGUCUACAAACACCCAAACACCUCGAUUCCCGCUUAUCUGGUCCGAUGCUGUCAUCUAUCAUUGCCUCUUCUCUUUGUGCUGGCUGUUGCUUUGAGGUUUAUUGUUUUAAAUUGAUUUAAUUGUAUUUACGCUGUGCGACGGGGAGGAAGCGGCCGUGUGACUUCCUAUUUAGUAGUAGACUCUAAGUUUGGUGCCCAUUUAAACUCGACAUCCCAACAGUUUGGUUCGAGGCCUCCGCAAUAAGCGAGUGUUUGGUGUGAUAGGAAUCGUUGUAGAAAAGGUGUAGCCAGCCGCUGAUAAAAUCGCCUAGAAGUGCUUCAAGACCAACGCCCCCUCAAGGGUAAACUGCUGAACAACGACCCUGACAACGAUCAUUGAUCAUGCCCGACCAGGUACGAGAUGCUCAGCGUUUAUUAUAUAGACUCUUGAAAACAAAUGUGACAAUAUUUUAAAUAAGUUUUUAUAACACAAAGUUGAUAUAUGGAUUUAUCAAUGUGUGAUUAUUAAAUGAAUCAAAACUAGUUUGAUAAAA